AUGUCCAUGAGUGGGGCAAACCAGUCAAGUGUCUCUGAGUUCCUCCUCCUGGAGUUCUCCACGCAGCCCCAGCAGCAGCAGCUCCUCUUCAUGCUCUUCCUAAACAUGUACCUGGCCACAGUCCUGGGAAACCUGCUCAUCAUCCUGGCCAUUAGCACAGACUCCUGCCUGCACACCCCCAUGUACUUCUUCCUCAGCAACCUGUCCUUCAUGGACGUCUGCUUCACCUCCACCACUGCCCCCAAGGUGCUGGCCAACCACAUACUCAGGAGUCAGACCAUCUCUUUCCCUGGGUGUCUCACACAGAUGUAUUUUUUCAUUCUGUUUGGGGACAUGGACAAUUUCCUCCUGGCUGUGAUGUCCUAUGAUCAGUUUGUUGCUGUGUGCCACCCCUUACACUACACAACAAAGAUGACCCAUCAGCUCUGUGCCCUGCUGGUUGCUGGGUCGUGGGUCAUUGCCAGUCUGAAUGCUCUGUUGCAUACCCUGCUGAAGGCUCGACUCUCAUUUUGUGCGGACAACAUGAUUCCCCACUUCUUCUGUGAUCUGACUCCUCUCCUGAAACUCUCCUGCUCUGACACACAUCUCAAUGAGAUGAUGAUUCAUACUGAGGUGGCCCUGAUAACGAUCACUAGAUUUGUUUGCAUCUUGGUUUCCUACCUUUGCAUCACCUGUGCUGUCCUGGGAAUCCCAUCCACAAAGGGAACAUGGAAAGCCUUUUCCACCUGUGGCUCCCACCUGGCUGUGGUUUCCCUGUUCUAUGGCACGAUCUUUGCUGUGUAUUUGAGCUCUUCAUCCUCCCACUCAGCUGAGAAAGACAUUGCAGCUGCUGUGAUGUAUACAGUUGUGUCCCCCAUGCUGAACCCUUUCAUCUACAGCCUGAGGAACAAGGACUUGGAAGGGGCCCUAAGAAAAGUGAUUGGCAGGAAGUUUUCUACCUGA